AUGGAGAAGGAGCUAACGAAAAGAUGGGGAAAGUUUUCUCUCAACGAGGCGGAGAAUACUGGUGUUUCACUUGAGGUGGCUGAAAUCGAACCUAUGGUUCAUCGUGGGAAAGUAUGUUUGGUGGGGAAGAUAAUGGCAGAACGUAUAGUUCCAAAGGAGUAUUUUAAGGCUCCUUUGAUCAAAAUCUGGAAACCCAUUGGCUCGAUCAAUUUCCAGGUUAUCGGUGGUAAUAUGUUUGUUGCAGAGUUUGAUGAAGCUGGUGAUAAGAUCCGUGUUAUGGAGGGUCAGCCGUGGAUUUCUGACGGAAACCUAAUUUCUUUGAUGGAGUUUGACGGUCUAACUUCUCCGAAGGCAAUGGCGUUUGAACAUGCACCACUUUGGGGACAGAAAAUAGGUGCUUCUGUUGGAGAGGUGGAGGAAGUUGAUGUGCAUGACAAUGAUCCGGGGUGGGGAGAAUAUCUCCGGGUUAAGAUCAGGCUGGAUUUAUCAAAACCGUUGGCUAGAGGUAGAAUGUUGUACGUCCAGAACCGAUCGAUUUGGAUAGCUUUCAAAUAUGAAAAGCUACCCAAAUACUGCCAUCUGUGUGGGGUGGUUCUCCAUGGCCAGAAGCGGUGCAAUCGUUCAGGAAGUGGACGAAGUCCAAUACCUGAUGAUGACAACCUUUUGGACCCUGGUUGCGGGUUACUUUUCUGA